AUACAAAAAAUUUAAUACGUACAUAUACGUGUCUAAAAUUAAAAAAUAAAUAAAAAAACUUAAAAAUCUAUUUAAUUUAAAAAGUAAAAUCAAUUUUAAAUUUUUAUAUCUAAAAAAAAAAACUAAUUAAAAAAAUAAUUAAUCAAAAUACAAAAUGUGUGGUAUACUCGGAAUAUUUAAUAUAGUCGGUAAAUACGAAGUAGUAAGAGCAUUAGCCGCUAAACUAGCCCGUAGAAUGAAACAUCGUGGUCCCGAUUCCUCUGGAAUAAAAAUAUACGAAGUCGAACCUGGAGUAUGGAACAUAAUAUGCCACGAGCGUUUAUCCAUAUGUGACUUAUCAUAAAAUGGUAGAUAACCAUUUAUCCUAUAAACUUAAGGAAAAGAUUAAAUAGCAUUCGCAACAAACGGAGAAAUAUAUAACUAUUAAGUUUUAAGGAAAAAGUACUCUGAAAAAUAUCCUCUUCACGGCCAUUGUGAUUGUGAAGUAAUAGGUGCUUUAUACUAAGAAUAUGGGCCUAAAGAUAUGUGGGAAUAACUAGAAGGUAUGUACGGUGUAGUUAUUUAUGAUAAUAAUACUAAAAAGUUUAUUGCAUGUAGAGAUCAUGUUGGUAUUAUUCCUAUGUAUUGGGGUUAAGGUAAACAUGGUGAAGUAUAUAUAGCUUCAGAAUUAAAAGUAAUAGAAGAUUAAUGUGUUUAAUUAUAAAUUUUAUUACCAGGACAUUAUAUUGAUAAUAAUAUGAAACCUACUUAAUGGUAUAAACCUAUAUGGCAUGAAGAAGAAUAUAUUCCUAAAAAUUAAAUUGAUUUUAGGGAACUUCGAGAAAGAUUAAUUUAAGCUGUUCUUGAAUAAUUACAAGGAGAUGCACCUUUUGGUCUUUUUAUAUCUGGAGGAGUCGAUAGUUCUUUAAUAGCGGCUAUUACUGUCAGAUUAGUAAAUGAGGGAAUCAUAGAUAUCAAAAAAAGAGGAAUGGAUCGUGUACAUUCAUUCUGUAUAGGACUUGAAGGUUCUCCUGAUCUUACCUCAUCACAAUAAGUGGCCGACUUCUUAGGAACUGAACAUCAUGCAAUCGUAUAUACACCUCAAGAGGGUAUAGAUGCUAUCCCUGAUGUCAUUUAUUAUACUGAAACUUACAAUAAUACAACCAUAAGGGCUUCAACUCCUAUGUAUAUACUAGCCAGACACAUAAAAUCUCUCGGAAUAAAAUACUGUCUUACCGGAGAGGGCGCAGAUGAAUUAUUCGCUGGAUAUCUCUACUUCCAUAAAGCACCUAAUGCAGAAGAACUACACAAAGAAUGUGUCAGAAAAGUUAAAGACUUAUACAAAUAUGACCUUUUAAGAGCCAAUAAAUCAACUAUGGCCUGGGGUUUAGAAGUCCGUCCUCCUUUCUUGCAUAAAGCCUUUGUUGAAUAUGCAAUGUCAAUAGAUCCUAAUGAUAAAUUAGCUAGAAAUUUCCCGAAAAAUAUCGAGAAAUUCAUCCUCAGAAGUGCCUUUAAUGAUAAGAAAAAUCCCUAUUUACCCCCAGAUAUCCUCUGGAGAUAAAAAGAGCAAUUCUCAGAUGGAGUAGGAUAUAUGUGGAGAGAUUCUAUUACUGCAUAUUCAGAAACAGUUGUUUCCGAUAGGGAAUUUAAUGAAAGAGAACUAAUCUAUGAAGUAAAUACACCUAGAAACAAAGAGUAGUUCUGGUAUAGAAAGUGCUUUGAGGAGUUUUUCCCUUCUAAAGAAGCAGCACUUACUGUUCCUUAUGCUUUAAGUAUAGCUUGUUCGACUGAAAAAGCACUCGAAUGGUGUGAGAGCUUUAAAAAAAAUACAGAUGAGAGUGGAAGAGCAGUUUUAGGAAUACAUAAUUAAUCAGAAAAUUUAAAAGGAACUUUUAAUGAUGGAGAAAAUACUAACAAUUAAAAAUAAAAAUGAGUUAUUUUUAUUAUUAUAUAAGGUUUUUUUAUUUUAUAUAUUUUAUUAAUUGUAUUAUUUUAUUUUUGAUUUUGCUAUUUUUAUUAAUAUUUUUUUUUUU